GCAGUGUUUUUUUUUUUCUUCUUACAAGUCAUGUGAUUUGAGGAUUUUUUUUUUUUUAUUGUAUAACCUGUGGAACAAAUGCAAAAAAACACCCAUCCACCUAUGGAUGUCUGUGGGAGCAAAAAAUGCCAUAAAUACCCCAAGCACGCACAAAACUGGCAGAUACAGCAUUUUAUAUUGAAUCCCAGCUAACAUCUACACACAGCAUUUUUUUUUUUUCUGAAAAACAUGGUGGCCCAGAGGUAUCAACCUGUCUGACAGUCUGAUUUGCUGAUAGUAACCAAUCACAGCAAUUGAGAACUGAAAGCUGCUUUGUGAUUGGUGACUGAUAAAUCUGGGCCAAUGUUGUGUGAAACCACCCUAGUACUGCUAGAAGUGAGGUGUAUAGGUGUUUCUCCUGUGUUUUUCAGGCCUUGGCUACAGUAGUAAGGUGUGGGGUAACCACAGCCAGUUGCCUUUUGACUGGCAUGUAACGUGGGAAAUGUCUGGGAAGGAUUCAGAAGUGGAGCCAGGGUGUGGUGAAAUCAACCACCAUGAAGACUGCGACUAUGAUGAUCCUGAAUUGAAAGCUAUAAGGAUGCGGGUACGAGAAAUGGAAGAGGAGACGGAGCGCCUAAAGGGACUGACUGAGGAGGAGAAGUCAGCUGAGGAUCCUAAAGCCGGUCCUCCUCGUCCUCUGAGUGCAGAAGAGAAGAGAGAAGCUGACAAACGUUCUGUGUAUGUAGGAAAUGUCGAUUACGGAGGCACAGCCCAGGAUUUAGAAUCUCAUUUCAGCAGUUGUGGAUCUAUAAACCGGAUUACAAUUUUGUGCGACAAAUAUUCUGGCCAUCCCAAAGGAUAUGCAUACAUAGAAUUUGCAGAAAAGUGCUCAGUGGAGGCUGCCAUAGCAAAGGAUGAAACUGUAUUUCGAGGACGAACUAUUAAGGUUCUACCAAAGAGGACAAACAUGCCUGGAAUUAGCACUACAGAUAGGGGAGGGUUCCGUGGAAGACCCCGAGGGCAGAGGGGAAACUUUCAGAGGGGUCAGAGGUCCAGAAGUCGUCCACACAGAGGUCGUGGAAGAACAGGCCAGUGGAAUAAUCUAUACUGAACCCUUGGUAUUGUUGCUGGAAAUUCUACAAUUACAUCUGCCCGUUGUCAGCAAAUACACUGGAAAACUAUUCCUGUGUAAUUAUACACAUAUAGUGCUAAACCAUCAAGGGAACAUUAAUUCUCUGCAUGUAGUUUGGAUACAUCUCAAUUUCUGAUGUUGUAAGUUAUUUCUCAUAUGGAUAAAUAAAUGUAUGUUGCUUUGGUAUAGAGUUGUUGGUCAAGAGUCUUCUCUGGAAAAGUGGUAUUCUUUAGUUCUCCCAUAUAUUGGAAAGAACAAUGUGGGGGGACAUGUUCAGUGAUGCGCACAGUACAUUUAUUCUUCCAUACAACACAAUUCCAUUUACAAAUCCCAAAACUUUCUUUAAAUGUUUAAAUGCAAAAAACAAGGUCAGAACAGGUAUGACCCCUAAAUAAUAAUAGUGAGGUUGUCAUUGGGGAUCACGAGGAGGCUGAGCUACUGAAUAGGUGUAUUAGUUCUGUAGACUAUAGGGGUGU